GCUGCCUCUGCCGGGGAUGGAGCGGGGAGCAGCGGCGGGGCGAGGGGCCAAUUUGCUUGCAGGAGCUCGGCGGCGCUGAGCGCUUCCAUGGAGCGGGCGAGGGCGCAGGAGACCCGCGCGACACCAGGUUUGCAACUCCUGGGUACAGGGAGAUUUUUGCUAUGACUGCAGCACAACCUGUCUCCACCCUUAGCCAGGACACCACCGUAGAAGACACUCCUGGGGUCUCCUCUCUGCUCUACAUGCCAUCAGCCCAGGAGCAUCAUGGGGAGUGUCAGUAGCCUCAUCUCUGGCCACAGCUUCCACAGCAAGCACUGCCGGGCCUCCCAGUACAAGCUCCGCAAGUCGUCCCACCUGAAAAAGCUGAACAGGUAUUCAGAUGGGCUGCUGAGGUUUGGCUUCUCUCAAGACUCCAGCCACAACAAGUCCAGCUCCAAAGGCAACAAGAAUGAGGACUUCUUUUACAUCAAGGUCAGCCAGAAAGCCCAUGGCUCCCACCGGACGGAUUACACAUCACUUUCCAGCGGGGACCUGGGCAGCCAGGCAGGGGCGACUGGCAUGGACUUUGGCACACCCACUCCCCAGAAACUGAUGCCAUUUUCCAAUCAGCUGGAACUGGGCCCAGAGAAGGGCGUUAUAAGGCCAACCGCCUUCAAGCCAGUGAUCCCCCGCUCAGGUGCGAUCCUCCACUCCUCUCCGGAAAAUGGCAGCCACAUCUCCCAGCAGCUGCACCCUCCAGACAAAGCUAAGGAUCAAGAAAUCAAGCCCAUGUUGUGCUCUGGAGGUUUGUCGGACUCCGGCAGGAACUCUAUGUCCAGCCUCCCAACCCACAGCACCACCAGCAGCUACCAGCUGGAUCCCCUGGUCACCCCUCUGGGGCCCAUCAGCCGCUUCGGGGGCUCAGCCCACAACAUCACCCAGUGCACUAUCAUACAAGACAGCAACAUGAUGAGCCUCAAGGCGCUGUCCUUCUCCGACAGCGGCAACAAGAUCCUCAAUCCUGGAAAAGCUGCCCACCACCACCACCAAGAGAAAGCCUCCUGCAUCCGGUCUCCCAUCUCCACAGAUGAGUCCACCAUCCAGGAGCUGGAGCAGAAACUGCUGGAGAGGGAAGGGGAGCUGCAGGAACUGCAGUGCAGCUUUGAGGAGAAGGAGGCCACCUCCUGCCAGGCCUAUGAAGAAAAGCAGAGGCGCUGCAAGGAAGAGCUGGAGGGGCUGAAGCAGAAGUGCAACAACAAGUUCAAGCAAACCUCUCAGAAGAUGCAGCGGACCCAGCAGGUGCUGCACCUCCAAGUGUUCCAGUUGCAAAAGGAGAAGAAGCAGCUUCGUGAGGAGCUGGAGAAGCUCAUGAAGGAGCAAGACCUGCUGCAAACCAAGUUGAGGUCCUAUGAGAAAGAGAAGACCAGCUUUGCCCCAGCGCUGGAAGAAACUCAGUGGGAGGUGUGUCAGAAGUCUGGCGAAAUCUCCCUCCUGAAGCAGCAGCUGAAGGACUCCCAGAUGGAGCUCAAUGCCAAGACAAGCGAGAUCCUCAGCCUGAAAGCCCAGCUGAAGGACGUGAGGGGGAAGAUGGAGGGACUGGAGAUGAAAACCCAGGACCUGGAAGACUCCCUUCGCACCAAGGCCAUGGAGCUGGAGGUAUGCGAGAACGAGCUCCAGCGCAAGAGAAAUGAGUCAGAGCUGCUGAGGGAGAAGGUGAACCUGCUGGAGCAGGAGAUUAUGGAGCUCCGGACGGAGCUGACCAUCCUCAAGGAGCAGCGGAGCGAUGGGAGGGAUGGGAUGGCCUCUGCCAGCCCAGCUGUGGGGAUGAUGGAGGAUGUCCAAGCCCUGCAGGGGGAAGUGGAUAAGCUGAAGACGGAGCUGAAGGAGGAGAGAGACAAGAAUGAGCAGAUGACUUCCGGCUUCCAGCAUGAGCGACAGGUCUGGAAGGAAGAGAAGGAGAAGGUGAUCCACUACCAGAAGCAGCUGCAGCAGAGCUACCUGCACAUGUACAAAAGGAACCAGAACAUGGAGAAGAUGCUCCAGCAACUGGCUGCGGGGGGAGACGGCAGAGAGCCCAUCGACCUGGAUAUCCAUGGCACUGACGUCCCCUACGAGGACAUCAUAGCCACGGAGAUCUAACGAGACUUGCUGUCUCUCCCCCGCCCCAGCUCACAGCAGCGGGGAGGAGUGUCUCUUUCAGGCAAGGACUGAGCAGCACAGCCGCAUGGGUCUGUUCAUGCCGGACAGCCCAUAUACAGUUCGGAUGAGCCGUGUAUGUGUUAGCCAAGCUGGUUGCCCAGCCAGCUCAAGAGCCCCUGGUGUGGCACCAUGAUGGUGCCCCAAGCUGCCUGUCAUGUUGUGGAGGUGAAAAAAAGCAACUCCUGCUAAUGGUGACGUGCUGGCAUCUGCCCUUCGUGUCUGAUGCUUCCUCAUCAGGAUGCUGGUCACCCACUUGUAGGACUGAGAAACAGGAGGUGAGGUGGAGUGGGAUGGGGGGGAGAGUUGGGGAUUGGAACAGGAGUUUAGCAAAUGAUUCUGCAAUCAGGGAAUAAAGUGACACACUGGCCAAAAUCUCCCAGGGGUGCAGAAGGGGCCACUGGGUCACAGUGACUGAGGAAACCGGCCCCCUCCAGUGUGUAACAAACACAUUGGUCCAGCCCCUGGAAUAAAGUGGCCAGGGAUACACUCCUCCUCCUGAGCGCCACCGGAAAUAAUGCCUCAUUUCAACCACUGAGCCCGGGCCCAAGGGCUAAGCAACACACUGAGCCAAUCAAAAAAUCUAUUUAUCUUCCUCCAGGGGAUUCUGGUGUCUAGGAUUUGCAGGUUUUUAAUCCCUCUGCAGCUUGAGUCCAGUGGAACCCAUCCAGACUCCAAUCCCUACAGGCCAAGGUGGUAUUUUCGCCAUGCCAGAGACUUGGAUUAGCAUCUCAGAUCUACUUCUUCGCUCCUUAGGUUAACAUGACCUCAAGAAUGACCACCCCAACUAGCUAGUUCAGGACCAGGGACCAAAGGAAGCCCCAUCCAUUUCUCCUUGGCUAGCAGGAUGAUGGUGGGUUUGUUGGAGGAAGGUCUGGAAACUAGAAGAUGCCUCCCUGUCUCUGACAGGGACGAGGAUGAGGAUGGAUCCCAUGCCCUCAGGCAAAAAAGAAACAAGUUCUUAGAACUACCAGUAGAACCAACCUCCAGGGAGCCCUAGCUGACAGUGCUUAUCAGUUCAGCUCUGUGCCGCCCCAAACUGCUUCAUGCCAAUGAGGCCCAUGACUUCAACAAGCCUGACUGUCUCGCCUCCAGAGCUGGUCAGAAAAUGCUGAAAAAGAGUCUUCACAAAAAAAGGUUGAAUAUUUCAUCAUCAUUUUCAUCCAGCAGGUUUCCAAAAGGAACCUUUUUUCACCUAUUCUAAAGCUUUUGCAAAAUGUUUUUAUUGCAAAUGUUCAGUUUUGAAAAUUAUGAGUUUAGAAAAUUGUCAGCGUUUCAGUUUUAGAACCCAGCCCCUGCCCCCUCCCUUCUUUUGUCAUUAAAAGAAGGGGAGAAAAAGGAAAAAAACAAAAACUGAAAACACCAAAUCCAGAAAUGUUUGGUUUACAGGUUUCAUUUUUAAAAAAAAAAACUACAGGUUUUUUUUUUUACAAAAGGAUUUUUUUUUUUUGCAAAGAUUUCCAUUUUAGGAAAAAUAGCCACUUUCCAACUAAAAUAUUUUUUGUUUAACCAGAUUUUAACCAGUCCAGCUCAGCUCCUUGCUGCUUUUUGUGUCUGGUUGCCUGAGGAGGAUGGGGGUAGUCUGUGCUUUUGGGAAUUACAGACUUCCCACUUUUUACUGGGUGCAUAAAAUUCAAAGCCAUGUAGCCAGAAGCACUCCUUGAAAAGCCUGCCCUGUGUUCUUCCCAUCGUCUCUCUCAUCUCAGAGCUGGGAGCUACCAAAAUAUUGGUCCAUCUCAUUUUUUUCAUCAUUUUGGUCAUUUUUUGUUUAUUUUGUUCCCUCCUCCCAUUCCAUGAUCAGAGUUCAGACUAGAAAGAAAGAAAGAAGCUUGGCCCUCAACAGCUGCUAAAUAUACUCUCAUUACAGUUCAGAUCCCCAUAUUUUAUAUGCCAGCCAAGCACAGGUGGAGUCAAGCCAACUUGGCUACUGUAAGAUCCACCAAGUGGCAGCUGCUGGAGUUUGGCCAUCACCUGUUUUAGAUUCACUGGCCCAAGGGUCAUUUGUUCCUAAAAAACACCUUCUAAAUCACUACCAAAUCUUUACAGCUUUCUUUGGUUUCUUGGAUUUUAGUGCUCAUGUGAAAAAGAGAGAAAAUCCCCACAUAUGGCUGAGCCAAUACACCUCGAUCCUGACCUCCAUCUCUCCAUGCUGUUCUAGCCAUAAGGAAACCCACACCAAGGUGGGACUGCAGGUCUUGACCCAGAAUAACCCCUGAUAUUGCAGUGCUGAACAGUCCCACUCUUCACUGCCAUUGGGUCAUAUCCCUGACCCAGAAGAGCCUUUGGUACUGUGGUUCCCUCUUUGUCCUGCAGGUGCACCUCCAUCCUGACCUGCAUCAUUCCAUUAUUCCAAUCCUGGGCCUCAGCAGAGGAUGAAUUGCAUUAAGUCUCACAUAGGGAGGAGGGUGGCUAUGUGAACCAAUGCUAGUGAAUGAUUAAAUUGAGCCCUGGGAAACUCCUCUCACAUGACCUGAUGAAGAUUUGGAGCUCAGGGAGUUGAUUCUCCAUUGUCCUGUACUGUCACAUUCACCAGGACAAAUGGGUGUGAAAUGCUGCCAUACCAGAAUGGUAGUUCUCUACACCCACUUUGCACCAGCAUAAAUAACUGCAAAAGAUGCAAGGCAAUGGGGGAUCAGGCCCCAGGUCUCCAAGGGGAAAAGGCUACUGCAUUAGCAUUGUCCCAUCUUCUCCACAUGCCAGCCAGGAAGCUGGGUUUAAGGAUCUACCCUCCAGAGUAAAAACAUGCAUAAAUUACCAUUUCCGAACCACGCUCAUCUCUGGAGAAUUCCCUCUGAAGCCAGUGUUGCUACCCCAGGGAGAAACCUGGCUCAGCAGGUAUCGUAUGUCAAGCGAAGAGGCAGCUUCCCUGCUCUCUCUGAUUCCCCCACAUCUUCCCUCCUAUUGAAUGCUGACUGCCUUAUUAUUCUCCUCCAUGCCAUUAGGUCAGUGGGUUCUAGGCACAGCUGGUGACAGGAGCUUGGAGGAGAAAAGGAUUUUAAUUUAUUUUGUAGCCCAGGGCUUAAAUCUUCCUCCAGCCUUUCAUGGGAGGAUUACAGAACUCCAGCAUGUAAACCAGCUCUGUCGAAGUCAGCACCUGCCGAAAGCUGCUGCAAGCAAACUGGGCUUCAUUAUCUUCACAAUGGUGCCAGUUUGAUCCCAUUGUGAGGGCAGGUCCUGCAGUGGUCAGAAGGCAUGAAACGGAAUUCUCAGCCACAAGCCUCUGAACGCCUUUUCAGUGCAUGGGGAUUUUUAGUGCCCAGGAAAGCUGGCUCAGCAGAAGCUAGAAGCCUCUAUCCAUGGAACAGGUACGGGACUGACAGCAGCAGUGCAGGAGUCCCUGACACGCUGCCUUCCCACCGUGCCCCCUGCUCCUCUAGGAAUGAGAGGAAAGUUCAGUCUCCAUGGUUCGCUGGUUUCUCUCCUAGCCAAGCCUGCCAAUCAGGAGACCUGUCUGUGCCAAUUGCAGUGGGGUUUGUAGUACAGUGGGAACAUUAGUCCCCAAUGGAACUGGACCAAGAUCCAUCAAACUUCCUUCACGUGGGCUGGUGCACAGCCUCCAGCAUUCAGCCACGACCCUUUGGGCAUGAAUUCAAACUGAUGAGGUAGAGGCAGUCACCCCUGAGCCAUCCAAUUCCUAAGCCAAAGCUGGAGUUCAGCCAGCGGUCUGGAGGUGAAUGGACUUUACAUUCUAUUUCCAGUACCUCAGCCUACCAGCUUCUAAACUCUGAAACCAAUCUGUGCCUUGUGUUUUUCCCCAAACAAAGCAAAACCAGGUGUCAUUCUGGAAACUAUUUACAUUUGGAUCAAAUGCAACAGGUGGGCAGCACAAGCUAGUCUUUUCCUCUGAUGGGUUAGAGAAAAGGCUUUGGCCACCACCACCAUCCCAUCUACUGUGCAGUCCCCAAAAUCAGAAACCAACACUCAAAGGUAGGAAAAGGCCCGGCCCAGCCCAUCCACCAUGCAUUGAUUCUCCGUGACCCCUGCAUGUUGUGUCAUCAUUUCCACCAAUGCAAAGCCACUGGGCUGGAUUUGUAUUCUGCAAGCCAGCCCGAGUAAGGGGCAGCACUGAUUAGGAAGAAUUCCACAUUUUAAUGUGCUGAUUCCUUCUUUUUUUUAUCAAAGGAAACAAGCAGUAAGAAAGUGGCACCAAGUGUCUGUGUUCAGCUUGCUCUUCAAUACCAAACCCUGGGCUGGAAUUUCAGAGGUGUUGAGCAUCCAUGAAUUGCACCCAAGUUAAUGGAAGCAGCAGGUGCUCAGCACCUCUGAAAGAUUGGGCCAUGAUUGUGAUGUGAGAGAUCUUCAUGAUGAUAGGUAGGUAGGUAGUGCAAUCCACAGAUAAGGCAUAAUAUUACACAGCGCUUACCUCCCAUUGGUGCACAGAUAAGUUCAGGCAUAUUAAGGCUCUGAGCCUGCAACUGCACACAUAUGCUUUGUAUCCAGUAACCCACACAGAGCCCCGUUGAAGUCUCCAGGGUACCACACAGGUGCAGAUACAGGAUUGGGAAGUAAAUGAUACAUCUCUUCAGAGAGAGCCUCAAACUACAACAUCUGCAUCUGGAUUCUGCACACCUAGAAGUUCAGGGUGGUUUUUGAUAGACCCAUUAGAAACAUAACAUUUAUAAAAUUUGGAUCCAGUUUCAGAUUUCAAACCCUAGGCUCUAGAUGUUACCCAUAUCUUCUGAAAAGACAGGUUAGGAUAUAAUUUGAACAAAAGAAAAACUAUAAUGAAGCAAGACUACUCUGAACCUAAAGGCCAAGUCUUGUGAUUUAUCCUGGUCCCUUCUGGUACUACAAUCUAGAAUAAUCCAGAUUUCAGUCUGACCUCCUGCAGAACACAGGCCAAAGAAUUUCCCACCCAGCAAUUCCUGCCUCUUGUGGCAGAGCUAAGCACACCUACUGGAGGCCAGUGGGUAAGCGCCAGAUGCAAAUGGACCAAAAAAUGCAAACGAUACAUCAUGCAAGAAGAGCAGAAUUGUUCCUGACCCAAGAUCCCUUGACUAGUUUUCCACAAGGCACCAGCUCAUGUCUCAUUAAGGCCCUGCUCCUUCCCCAUUUAAGUCAACAGGCACAGUCCCAUUGACUUCAAUGGCACCCCAUGGGAAUUUCUUGUAUCACCAGCCCUGUAUCUUCCACAAGCGCUGUACAAUGUGAUUGACUGGAGACGCUGCCUUUGCACAAUGCCGUGUUUGACUUUGACCGUACGCAUUGCCAAUGUGUCACUCUUACGCUCUCCCACCCACCCAAGGGGAGAGGCCAGGUUUUAGUCUGUAUAGAUUAGAUAUUACCUUUUUUCUGCAGGUUUUUAGAUGUUAUUUCUGGUGACUGAUGUAAACUAUGGUAAUUUUAUGUUUUUAUUUAUAUUAUAAAUAAAUUUUGUAAAUCCUA